GUGACUGUUGCGGGCUCGGUAUGUGGCGCAUGAGUGUGCGUUUCGGGAUGUAACGGCUGCCUCUCGGUAGUAGCGAUACUGAAUCCAAAAACACACACACCCGGGGGACUCUGGAGGAAGAAAACGGACGAGGAGAGGGCUCAAACUAAGGGAGUGUACGCCAGCACGGAGCGGAGGGAGACACGGGGAGCGCGGCAGGAGGGACGCUCGAGCAAAUCUAACCGACACCGCGCGCAGAAAUGGCGGAGCACCACGCAGCCAGCGACGGCAAGCACAAAGCGUCCACCAACGCCGGGGGCUCGGUUCACGGGAACAACCGACCCGGCGCCGCGGGUGGAGGAGGGGGCAAAGGAGGCCUGUCUGGUGGACUGACACAGCCGGCAGGGUGGCAGUCGUUACUCUCGUUUAGCAUUCUCUUCCUGGCCUGCCUGGCCGGAUUCAGCUCCAGACUUUUCGCCGUGAUCCGGUUCGAGAGCAUCAUCCACGAGUUUGAUCCAUGGUUCAAUUACAGAUCUACGCACCAUCUCACCACAAAUGGCUUCUACGAAUUCCUCAACUGGUUUGAUGAAAGGGCCUGGUACCCCUUGGGCAGGAUCGUUGGUGGCACAGUAUACCCGGGCUUAAUGGUGACAGCCGGCCUCAUCCACUACGUGCUCAACCUGCUCCACAUCACCGUCCACAUCCGGGACGUGUGUGUCUUCCUGGCACCGGUGUUCAGCGGUCUGACAGCCAUCUCCACCUUCCUGCUGACGCGGGAGUUGUGGAACCAGGGCGCAGGGCUGCUGGCGGCCUGCUUCAUCGCCAUCGUCCCUGGCUACAUCUCCCGCUCCGUCGCAGGCUCUUUUGACAACGAAGGCAUCGCCAUCUUCGCCUUGCAAUUCACCUACUACCUCUGGGUGAAAUCCGUGAAGACGGGUUCGGUAUUCUGGACCAUCGGCUGUUGUCUCUCCUAUUUCUACAUGGUGUCAGCAUGGGGAGGUUACGUGUUUAUUAUCAACCUGAUACCUCUGCAUGUUUUUGUGCUGAUGCUGAUGCAGCGCUACAGCAGAAGAGUCUACAUCGCUUAUAGCACUUUCUACAUUGUGGGUCUCGUUCUGUCGAUGCAGAUCCCCUUUGUCGGCUUCCAGCCAAUCAGGACCAGCGAGCACAUGGCUGCUGCCGGUGUGUUUGCACUUCUCCAAGCCUAUGCCUUCCUGCAGUACCUGAAGGACAGGCUGACCAGACAGGAGUUCCAGACACUUUUCUUCCUCGGAGUCUCUCUGGCUGCCGGCGUGGUCUUCCUCACCGUGAUCUAUCUUACAUACACAGGAUACAUUGCUCCGUGGAGUGGUCGUUUCUACUCUCUCUGGGACACCGGCUACGCCAAGAUCCACAUCCCCAUCAUAGCGUCUGUGUCGGAGCACCAGCCGACGACGUGGGUCUCCUUCUUCUUUGACCUCCACAUCCUGGUCUGCACGUUCCCGGCAGGCCUCUGGUUCUGUAUCAAGAACAUCAACGAUGAACGAGUGUUUGUGGCCCUGUACGCCAUCAGCGCAGUCUAUUUUGCCGGCGUGAUGGUGCGUCUAAUGCUGACACUGACUCCGGUGGUGUGCAUGCUGUCUGCGGUGGCUUUCUCCAGCGUCUUUGAGCAUUACAUGGGAGAUGACACGAAGAGGGAGAAACCUCCUGCCGAGGACAGCAGCGACGAGGACGACAAGAGGAAUUCUGGGAAUCUGUAUGACAAGGCCGGUAAGGUGCGCAAACAUGUGUCAGAGCAGGAGAAGGCAGAGGAGGGUCUGGGUCCAAACAUCAAGUCCAUCGUCACCAUGCUCAUGUUGAUGCUGCUGAUGAUGUUCGCUGUCCACUGCACCUGGGUCACCAGCAACGCCUACUCCAGUCCCAGCGUGGUGCUGGCCUCAUACAACCAUGAUGGGACGAGAAACAUCCUGGAUGACUUCAGGGAGGCCUACUACUGGCUGCGACAGAACACGGACGAGCAUGCACGCGUCAUGUCGUGGUGGGACUACGGGUACCAGAUAGCCGGCAUGGCCAACCGGACCACGCUGGUCGACAAUAACACGUGGAACAACAGUCACAUAGCGCUGGUGGGGAAAGCCAUGUCGUCCAACGAGAGCGCGGCCUACAAAAUCAUGAGGUCGUUGGAUGUGGACUACGUGCUGAUUAUCUUCGGAGGCGUGAUCGGCUACUCUGGAGACGACAUAAACAAGUUCCUGUGGAUGGUGCGGAUAGCAGAGGGAGAGCACCCCAAGGACAUCAGGGAGAGCGACUACUUCACCCCUCAGGGAGAGUUCAGAGUGGACAAGGCCGGAUCACCGACUCUGCUCAACUGCCUCAUGUACAAGAUGUCCUAUUACCGAUUUGGCGAAAUGCAGCUGGACUUCCGGACGCCUCCUGGCUUCGACCGAACGCGCAACGCCGAGAUCGGCAACAAGGACAUCAAGUUCAAGCACCUGGAGGAGGCGUUCACCUCGGAGCACUGGCUGGUCCGGAUCUACAAGGUCAAGAACCUGGACAACAGGGAGCCGCUGGACCACAAGCUGCGCAGCGUCGUGCCCAAACAGAAGUACACCUCCAAAAAGACUGCCAAGAGGAAGCGAGGACACAUCAAGAACAAGCUCGUCCUGAGGAAAGGCAAGAAACUGCAAAAAAAAUAAUGGUGACGAUGAACUCUUCUAGGAAAACAAGCAAACAAACAACUGCGAAGAAACCUCCAACAACCAAUGAAGAAGAACACCGAGGCCCGAUUAUCUGGCACUCGGUCUCAAGCGCGUCUCAUUAAGAACGCCCCCGUGUGGCGAGGACGGUGAAGAAAUGUCAUAUCUGGCUGUCUCCAGAACUGUUGUCCGUUUAUCCUGAGGACCUUUUGUCUUGCUUUUUUUUUUUUUUUUUACUUGAAUGUGCGGCGAGGCAUAGGGCUGCUCUACUCGGUUUACUCGUUUUUUUUUUUUUUUUUUUUUUUUUGCGGUACGUUUAAUUAACUGCUUCUCAGUGCGGGGAUCGGGGGUGUGAGGAGGUGAAAGGGCGAGAUAGAGAGGAACAUUUUGCACCAAAGACCCAUCGACCUUGCUCCACGGCACAUGUGAACUCAUUACUGAGCGAGAGGGAAGCGCAGGAGUGAACGCUCGAGGACUUGUUCCUGACACGUGUACAGAGGACAGUAUGCGGUAUGGAGGAACGCCACCGUCUCGGCACAGCCCAUCUGUAAUAUUAACCCUUUUAUCAUCGUCCUCUCCGUUACGUUUGCCUGGCUCCCCGACCUUCUUUUUCGACAAAUUCUUUAGAGAAAAAAAUUGGCCUAAUGUGUAAAUAUAUAAUGUAAAGAAUAAUCUAAAAGGAUGAUAAUAUAUUGGAUUCUUGUGGUGAUUUUUAAAUAUGCAGUUGUCCGUUUUUCUCUUGAUUUCUUUAUGUGAUUGUUUUGUUAAUCUUUUUUUUUUGUAUGACAGCAAAUAGAUCAGUGAAUGCAAUAAUUCUUGUACAGAGGGGCUCGAGAUUUUGUUGGAAGAAUGAAUGUGAAUUUUUACAAUGCCCCCCCUCCUCCGCACCGCCCUUUUUUUCAUGAAUUGCAUAGAUUGUACAUUUCUGCUGCUAGGGUUUUAAAGACAGAGCGAGCACCUGUGUGUAAAAAGUAGUGAUAAUAAAUUAGGCCUCCCUCCCCGCAGAGGGGGCUCUCUAGUUUAGCGUGCAAAGCCGAGUGCCUCAUUGCUGGUCACCUUCGCCUCGAUAAAAUUUGUGACUGUCCGUUCUGUUAGCGUUUUUGUUUCAGCUCAUCACGUAUGAACGCGGCGGCGGCGGUGGGAUGGGUGCUUUGACCAGACUGAGGCGUUGAAAACUGGAAAUGUUGGAGAUGUCUGGAAACAGACGUGUGAACUGUGAAGGGGGAUGUUUGUACACGGGCACUGAAACUGAGAUGAGAGACGACUGAGGUCAGGAAAUGUCAAAACUUCUGACACCACGGUGGAAUAACGACCAUCUUUACGGUACUUUAGAGCUGCGUCCCAAUUCCUGCAACUCACACUGAAGAAUUACAGGGAAAGUUUAACCCGAAAUCAAAAAUACUAAUUUUUCAACAUAUCUGUAGUUCUUUUCAUAAUUAACCUUUCUGUCCAAAACAGGAAAAAAUGCACAUUCACAAAGUCCGAGCUGAGACAGAAGCUACAAUUUAGUUCGAAAUAGAAGAAAAACAAAUAUUCACAUUUGCAAAAAUACAACUAGUGAAUUUUUGUUUUUUCUUCUUUUAGAAAUCAAAAAAUUAAUCAAAUAUUAGAAUACCUGAUUGAUUUUAUCUUCCGUUGACGUGCUGAUCCUCGUGCUAAUAGUACGCAGUUGGGACGCAGCUCUAAUGAGCCGUAACCUUUGACCUCUUACUCUAUGGGCACUGCACUGUUCUUCGGGUGUCUGGCUUCUCCAGAUGUUCCAAACACUAAAGGUGUUUCUCUGUGUGCACGCUUCAGUAACUUUUUCAUUUUUUAUCGAAUAAGUGACACAUCAAAAGACUUUAACACGUCGCACAGCUCUCCUCGUUUUGUCACAUCUCACAGAAAAGUGACUUUUGUUGGUUUCACCUGUUAUUUUCUCCACACUUCUGUUUUUUUUAUUGUCUGAAUCGCUUUGUUCUCUUUGUUCUGAUCUUCUCUGAAUCUUGAACGUCACUAUUUCCGGCUUCACGCCUUCGACACGAUGCCACAUUGUUGCUCAGUCACACAAACGCCUAAAUCGGAGUCGCGUCCUUUUUGAUUUGUCAUUUAUCAAGAGAGGAGAGUUCAGACCA